CGAAAACAAAAGACAGAGCAGAGUGAGAGAGAGAGAGAGAGAGAACUUCUCUCUCUUCCCCCACAUUCCUCCCUCUCUAUUUCUCCUUGCUCCAUCACCACCACCACUAACAACCUCUCCACUUUCCCCUUUUAUGGAUUCACUCAUUCCCAUUUUCCCCUUUAUUGCUUUAUUUAUCUCCUAAGCAAUCUCCCCUUCUUCUUCUUCUUCUUCUUCUUCUUUCCACCUCUCUCUCUCUCUCUGGAAGUAAGUAAAGCAGUGACAGUGCGCGAGCUGUGAAAAGGGCCGGCGUCGUUUGAUUCCUUCUUUCCCUCAGAUCACUGAUCACUGUAGGCCAGAGAGAUAUAAGAGUGUGAGAGAGAGACAGCUCGGAACAGGCAGAAGUGAAGAACCCAUAAUAAUAUGACAACCCGGGGAGACGGUGACCACCGGCAGAGGCAGCUGUCGUCCUCCUCCCACUACCAACAGCGAUACUACUCCUCGUCCUCCUCGGCCUCCCUCAAGGGCUGCUGCUGCUGCCUUUUCCUACUCUUCUCCUUCCUCGCCCUCUUGGUCGUAGCGGUGGUCCUCGUGAUCCUCCUCGCCGUGAAGCCCAAGAAGCCCCAGUUCGACCUGCAGCAGGUCGGGGUGCAGUACAUGGGCAUCAACCAAUCCCCUGCCACCGCCGCCGCGGACUCCACCGUGGCUACGGCUUCGACGCCGACGCCUACGUCGGCGGAGCUGUCGCUGAACAUUCGGAUGCUGUUCCUGGCGGUGAACCCCAACAAGGUGGGGAUCAGGUACGGCGAGUCGAGGUUUACCGUCAUGUACAAGGGGAUCCCACUGGGUAAAGCCUCUGUUCCCGGGUUCUAUCAGGAGGCCCAUAGCCAGAGACAGGUGGUUGCCACGAUUGUGGUGGAUCGGGUGAGCCUGAUGCAGGCCGACGCGGCGGAUUUGAUCAGGGACGCAGCGCUGAACGACCGGGUUGAGCUCCGGGUGCUUGGCGACGUGGGUGCCAGGAUCCGGGUAUUGAAUGUGGACUCCCCCGGUGUUCAGGUAUCAGUCGACUGUGCAAUAGUAAUUAGCCCAAGGAAGCAGUCCCUCACUUACAAGCAAUGUGGAUUCGAUGGUUUGACUGUCUGAAGCAUUAUUCAUACAGCUCUCAUCUCAUCAAAACUUCUGUGUCUGUUAGUUUCCGCUCUCACACUCCUCUCUCUCUCUCUCUCUUUUUUUUUCAAUUGGUGGGUAUUUUCCUCUCCUUUACUCUGCAAAUGGAGAAAUAGAGAGGAGUGAGAAAAAGGGCUUUUUUUCUUGAAAAUAUUGGUUAAAGCAAAGAAGAAGAAGAAGAAGAUCUCCAAUAGCGAGAGAGAGGCUCUCCAAUAUGCUGAUUAUCUGUAAUUUUUUUACCUACAGAAGAAAAAGAGAUGGAUUUGAGUUUAGGAUGAGAUCAGAUCAGACAGACAUUAAUGUGAGCUUCCUUAGUUUUUGCUAAUUCUUAAGCUUUGGUUGCUUUAGUUUGGGGGAGUUAUGGUACUGACUUCAUGUAAGAACUGUGAAAUUAAUGUUAAAGCUUACAUGGAGCCGUACAAUACAACACUAAUGUUUGCUCAA